CAAAUCUAUUACAUUUAUUGAGGUUGGAUGUCGUGCAUCCAUUACAAGUUUCGGAACAACUCCAAACAUGAUACAAUACAGUUUGACGGGUCUUACAUUACUGUGGGCGAGAUCAAACAAGCCAUCCUCGGACAGAAGAAGAUGGGGAAAGCUCCCGACUUCACACUUCAGAUUAUAAAUGCUCAGACUCAGGAGGCGUACAAUGAUGACAAUCAGCUGAUACCUCGUAAUGCUGAUGUAACUGUUAAACGGAUCCCAACUGGAAACAAAGUCUCUAAAGCUCAACUCGCUGCGCAGAGUCAAAGUCUGGAUAUGUACAAGAUGUCGAACACACCGCUACCUUUAACUGUUACUAUGGAAAACGAUCUUUCUAAAACUGAAGGUACGGAAGAAGACAAGCUAAAAGCAAUGAUGAAGCAGCAGGCUAUGGCUUAUGUUAACCCUAAUAAUAAUAAUAAUAACAACAAGAGGUACAACAAGGCGAACGCAGACGAAGAGAUCCCGCUGAAUUACAUUUGUCACAGAUGCAACACUCCUGGUCAUCUCAUAAAGAACUGUCCUACUAACGGGAAUGCCAUGUUCGAGCACCUGAACAGAGGACCCAAGAGAAAGAUGACCUUGUCUCUGAGGAAGACUGAAAAGUCUGGUCCUGAAUUGACUCCUGAUGAAAAACGGCUAAUGGAGGAGAACCAGAAGACGACACAGGACAAAGUGAAAACACUAGCCCAGCAAGCCUACACCAACAUUCCUCAAGAAAUGAAGUGUCCUAUCUGUAAACAACUCAUGGUGGACGCGUGUCUGAACGCCUGCUGUGGACAGAGCUUCUGUGAUGAAUGCAUCAGAGACAAGCUGCUGGACGACUCUGUGUGUCCAGCAUGCGGUGAUGAAGUAUCCUUGAACCAGCUCAUCUCAAACAAGGCCCUCAGGGUCACCAUCAACAAGUACAAGAAAGAUCAUCAGGAUCAAAUUGCUAAACUGUACAGUGACUGUCACAUUCAGCCUAAAAGCAGAGACUCUACUCCUAAGCCCGACCCAGAAACCUCCAGACCCCCUACAGUCGGGCUACUACCUGACAUUAAGCCAGCAGUAUCUCUCACACUUAUAGAGAGCACUUCUAACCUGGCUCUGACGGACACUAAACCUGUCAUCUCCAUGGUAACCCCCUCCCUCCCCAGUUCCAUGCUCUCCAUGCCUCCUGUUUCUAUAGCUCCCCCUCCUGUUGCUAUAAUGGACAGGGUGGAACCUCCUCCAGCUGUGGCUAUAUUACCCCUAAAAGAAGAGAUUAAAGAGGAACCGGUAUCUAUAGCAGAGAUGAAGGAAGUAAAACCGGUAGUCAGCACGAUUCUACCUCCUCUCUCUUCCUUUCCUACUUCAGUCCAAGCUCCGCUACCCCUUCCUCCAAUGAAUCUACUCCCCUUCAACCCAGUUCCCACCCCCAUGCACGGUGCUCCCAUGGGUCUCCUCCCUCCUCCUCUUCCGCUUCCGGAACCUAUCCGCGAGAAUUCUCCUAAGGAUAGAAUCUUGGAUCCCAGCGAGUUUUACACCAUCCAGAAAGAGCUUAGAAGGUUACAAGAAAGAAGACGGUCUCGCUCCAGCUCCUACUCUCCCACUCGCCGCCGACACUCUAAAACCCCGCCAGAAAGAUCACGUGGACCCUCAGCAGACAGACACCGCCGCCACAGAGAGCCUCUCCGAGAACAGAGAGCAGCCGAGAAGCGCCGCCAGGAGUCACAUCACCGGAUCAGGAUAGAGAGGACAGCUCGUUACUCCGACAGAAGAGGAGGUCCUCCCACUGCUACUGGUAGAUCUAGAGUAGGGAGAGGGGCUGGUAGGGAACCUAGAACCCUGCUGGAACGGAGUGUUAGGAACGACAGGGUCAGAGUUCCCAACGGGGAGAGGAGAUCUAACGACAGUGAGGACAGGAGAUCAGAUCACAGUGACAGGAGGUCUUAUGAGGAAGUCAGGAGAUCAGAUGGAGAGAAGGAACAACCUCCUUCCAGAGAUGACAGCGAACCUCUCUUAAGAUUCGACUCUGAUCCCAAGGUAGACACAACUGAGAGGGCUAUGUCUCCUAAACUAGAUGGUAAACACAAGAAGAGGAGAGAUAAAGAUCACAAGAAGAAGAAACACAAGAAGAAGGACAAAAAAGAUAAAAAGAAGAAGAAAGAUAAGCCUCUAGCAGAACCAGAGAUCAGACCCUCACUCACAGAAUACUCAGCUUCUGAUGACAGUUCUGAAGAGGAUGCUCCUACAAGAGACAGCAGGAGUAGGUCCCCAUCUCCCUUCAACCCCAUUAUAGCACCUCGUCAGGCUAGUCCCUCUCCAGACCGAAUCCCUGCUCGGCCCUCUCCCACUCCUUCUCCCUCUCCAAAACGGUCUCCUUCCAAAUCCUCUUCUCCUUCCCCAGAUAUAAGAUCAAAAUCUCCCGCCAGAUCUCCACCACUCUCCCCAUCCCCGGCAGAUGUUCAGAUGCAGUCUCCCCCUCACACGCCCAAACAAGAGACCCCUAAACCUCUGACUCCGGCCACGACUCCCACUGCUACAGGAGGGGAGACUCCCCAGUUCACUAACGGGAACAGCUCUGAGGAUGACGACGCUGUCUCUAUCGACAUGAACCACUCUGAUAUGGAGGUUAACGGAGCUGAAUCCAGCAGUUCUAACGAAUCUGGUUCUGAAAACGAGAGCACUUCCAAUCUGGAGAAGCUAAAGGAACAGUAUAAAAAGGCUGAAGCUCAGAUUAAGCAGAUGCAAGAGCAACGGUUAGCUGACAAGAAGAAACUGAAGAAAAAGAAAAAGAAGAAGCGUAAGAAGGUGAAGGAAGAUGAGGAUAAGAAAAUGAAGAAGAAGCAGAAGAAACGGAAGCAGAAAGAGAAGGAUGAGCUAGAGGAAGGGGAGAUUAAAACUAAAUCUAAGAAGAGGAAGAGAUCUCAAUCGGAGAUUGGUAGUCAAGAGAGCUCAGAUGUUGAGCAGAGGAAGAAGACCAAGAAGGGAAAACAUUCCAAAGAUAAGAAAGAUAAGAGCGAGACGUCCUCUAAAAGCAAAGGUGUGGAGAUAAAAGUCAACUUCGAUUCUCUAAAGAGUAUGGAAAAUGGUAGUAAGACAAUCUCCAUUACCUCUCCGGCUAAAACGGACUCUUCAAGGAGAGUUAGUAUCGGUGUCUCUCCUGUUAAACCCAUGAAAGUUAAAAGUAAACUGGACAAUCACAGAAUGGAGAAUGCGAAUCAGGAAGUUGCUGAUAGCAAGUCCAGAAGAACUAAAUCUCAUAAAAAAUCUCGACAUAAAAUUUCUAAAAAUGCAGUUUCUGGUAUCGAGGACGACCCUGAGGGGAUAUAAAAUUUGGACUGGGAUUUUAAUUAACUUUUUUUUAUUAAACUAUUAAUCAGACACUGUUGGAAUGUACGCAUGAUAUUUUUUGUAGUAUGCUAUUGGAUUCGUGGAGUUGUGUUUUAAAAUUAAAAAGUUAUUUCAAAGUAAACUCGGCGAAUCCGGUGUAAAGCCCGUUAACUCUUGCAUUGUGUCUCAGGGUUGUAAAUAUCACUUAUUAAACAUGCACUUAAAUUAAGUUGAUUUUUAUAAAGAUUUUAAAAUAAUUGCGUGGGGACGUUCAGUAUAUGUUUACAGACCAUUUUAUUUGUCAGUUUUAUUGUAUAAUUUAUUUCAGAUUCUCCGAAUUCUUAUAAAAGUUCAUUCUUUCUGUGAAUAAAAACACUGCGUCAUUUGGUCACUAGGCUUCCUGUAAGCUUGCUCUCAAUUUCAUGAAGGUCGCUAGAAUAGUGCCUUGUAUGGCUGAUCAAGGUAAGCAGUAAGGUACCAAGUUGUUGGUUAUGUAACUGGAAUGGUUGGUUAUACACGAAAUGGGCCUACUAUAUGCAUUCAUAAACUAUGAAAGCAUACCCAAUACCUAUGGAUCCAAUAUGGCCUAGGUAGGAAGUUCCACUCUUAUUUUAGGUGCUAGUUUUGAAGGUCCGGUCAUAUAAAUGAGGCAUGAGGUGCUGGAAUGGACAAGUCUAUGAUUCUUGUUGUCCUUCUGCCUCUAGUCGAAGUUAAGCUAAUAAAGUUGGAGUAAAUGAACUGUUGAGUCUGUAUGUUUGUUUGUUCGUUUUCCUGAACGUUUCUUCCUCAA